AUGGGAAUUGUGCAGCUUCCAACCUAUGUUUCGUAUUGGUCCCAAGAUAUGAGGUAUCCACCUGUUGCGGAUGUCAUGCCCUGUGGGCGUUUUGAGAAGCUGAAGAUAUAUCUCCAUUUCAUUGACAAUAUAAAUUACGUACGGAACCAGUGUCUUCUAAUUCCACCAGGAAAAUGUCAUGCUGUGGAUGAACAAAUCAUACCCUCAAAGACCCGCUACAGCAAACUACAGCAGUACAAUUCAAAGAAGCCCAACAAAUGGGGUUUUAAAAAUCUUGCGAGAGCAGAUGCUUUUGGGAUUCCAUAUGAUUUUUACAUAUAUGGUGGGAAAAUUAAAGAAGACCCAGUCACAGAUAGCUUUGAAAAUCUCCAGAAAUCUGCUCAGGUGGUUGCAAGGCUGUGGUGUACCUCGAAGUCAAACAAGGAGCUGAAGAAAUCGGGAUGUGGCUCAAUUGAUUACAUGACCUACCUCAACAUUGGUGUUAUCAUAACAAAAUGGAUGGAUAACAAUGCAGUCCACAUUGCCCCUAAUUUAAUUGGUGUUGAGCCAAUGAGUUCAGUAAAUAGGUGGAUUCCAGCGGAGAAAUGCAGGAAAGAAAUCCAGUGCGCAAGAAUCAUAAAGGAAUACAAUGGUGGGAUGGGUGGUGUUGACUUAGCCGACAUGCUGAUUGCACUGUACAGGAUAGCUAAAGCAGCAAGAUAUGAGGCUGCAGUUCCAUACAACAGAAAGUUCAACGCCAAUGGAAGAAUCACAGGAGUCAUUCAUGAGUUUUAUACAAUUGUGCAGUUUUUGGUUGUAGGAACAGUCGAUACAAACUUAAAAAUUUGGAGAAAAGUAGCUGCGAUGAACACUCAGGAAAACCACACUAAAGUUGUCUUUGUGCUCGCCCAUUUACACUGCAUGUUUUUACGAGCAUCAAGCUAA